GGCGCGCCGCGAGGACUUUGUCACCAAUGUCAGUGCCGAGCUCUGACUGGCCCCAUCAAGGGGAGAGCCUCACCCCUCCAGAGCCAGGUCCACCAGCCAACUCAGACAGUGACCCAGGCCACCUGCCAGACAAGCACCCUGAGGAGACUUCUGCACAGGAUCCCGAAGUUCUGAGCUUGGAGCUCCCUUGCCUGGACACAGACGGGGCCUCCACCUGGCCUGGGCUUCGGAUCCUCCUGCAGCAGCUGCCUCCGCAGGACAGUGAUGAACGCUACUGCCUGGCCUUUGAAGAGGAUGAGCUGGCCGAGCUGCGGCUCUUCUGUGCCCAGCGGAGGCGGGAGGCCCUGGGACAGGGGGUGGCCUGCCUGGUACUUUCCAAGCUGGUGGAACACACCUGUGAGAAGUGCAGGGAGCGGCUGAGGCCAGGGGAGUACGGAGUGUUCGCAGCCCGGGCAGGAGAGAGGCGCCGCUGGCACCCGGCUUGCUUUGCCUGCCAGGCCUGUGGCCAGGCCCUGAUAGACCUCAUCUACUUCUACCACGACGGGCAUCUCUACUGCGGCCGUCAUCACGCAGAGCUGCUCCGGCCCCGCUGCCCGGCCUGUGACCAGCUCAUCUUCUCCCGGCGCUGCACUGAGGCCGAGGGGCGGCGCUGGCACGAGAACCACUUCUGCUGCCAGGACUGCGCCGGGCCCUUGGGCGGGGGGCGCUACGCCGUGCCGGGGGGCGGCCCCUGCUGCCCCCGCUGCUUUGAGCGUCGCUAUUCGGCUGCCGGCUCGAGCCAGGCCCCGGCACUGGAAGGGAGGGCGUCCCCUGGGGAGGCGGGCCUCGACAGAGCGGAGGACGCCGCUGCCUCCCGCUUCGGCCCGGAGGCCCAGAGAGGGCCGCUUCCAUCCAGCCCGGAGCAGGAAGAUCGAGCUGGGGACCGGACGGAGGCACCCCAAGGGCAGGAACGGGGCCGGCUGGAGAAGCCGCUCGACGCCAGGGAGGACGCCGCCUGCCCCACCUGCUCCUCCUCUUCGGACUCGGAACCCGAAGGCUUUUUCUUAGGUCAGCGCCUUCCCGGUCCCUGGAAGUCCCCCGGAAGCCUCCAGGCCGGGGACAGCGACACCUCCAGGAGACACUGCGCCAUUUGCUAGUGGCGCAGCCCGGG